AUGUUCUCAAGAAAGAAAUAUUUUGGUGCUGUGUUUGUAUUUCUCUUCAGUGUACUCGUUGCUGCGGCCAGACGACACACUGAUGACUUUGCACCUCGGAUUACGGAGCAUCCAACCAGCAUCAGUUCCAAAAGCGAACCAGCAACGUUGAAUUGCAAAGCCGAGGGACAGCCAAGGCCCGAGAUAGAGUGGUAUAAGGAUGGCGAAUUGGUAGAGACGAUAGCCGAAAAUCCCAAAAGUCAUCGGACAUUACUCCCCAGUGGAUCCCUGUUUUUCCUUAGGAUAAUCCAUGGAAGACGGACUAAGCCAGAUGCAGGGGUGUAUCAAUGUGUGGCUACAAACUACUUAGGAACUGCAUAUAGUAAUAAUGCUACGUUAGAAGUUGCAAUUUUAAAAGAUGAAUUUCGAAUAGAACCAAUAGACACAGUGGCAGCUGUUGGAGAAACUGCCAUCAUGGAGUGUGCUCCACCUAGAGGAUAUCCUGAGCCAACUGCACAAUGGGAAAAGGACGGAGAAAUAAUAGUUCCGGAUAAUGACAGGGUACAGAUUUUGGUGGAAGGAAAUCUUGUAUUUUCAGAGGUGCGGAGAGAAGAUGGCGGCACAUUUGUAUGUAUAGGUGUAAAUAUGGUAGGCUCCAUAAGAGGUCGCGAAGCAACACUUGUAGUGAGAGAAAAACCAACAUUCCUAGUGUCACCGCAGGAUGUGACAGCCGUGGUGGCCGAUAAUGUGGAAUUCCAUUGUAGUGUUACGGGUGAUCCACAGCCCACUGUACGAUGGGGGAGGGAAAACGGCCAACUACCGCAAGGAAGGUUUCAAAUAUUAGAUGACUACACACUCAGGAUACGUCACAUUUCAAUUGAUGAUGAGGGGACUUACAUUUGUAUUGGAGAAAACAUGGUAGGAGAGAGUCAUGCAAGUGCAGAACUCAGUAUACAUGAUGAGCCAGCAUUCACAACAGUACCAAGAGAUAGGGUAGUGGCAGUGAACAGAAUGGCAACUUUUGAGUGUGUUGCCACUGGCAACCCACAACCAGCUAUAUUCUGGCAGAAAGAUGGGCAACAGGAACUGCUAUUUCCUGGACAAGUACAAGGUCGGUUCGCAGUUACUCAGGACGGGGAGUUACAGAUAUCGCAAGUGAGACGCGAAGACGAGGGUUACUAUACAUGCUCUGCUCUCAGUGUAGCUGGGACGUCAACUGUAAAAGCACACCUUAGAGUAACAGUAUUAACAGAUCGACCUCCUCCAAUUGUUAGACUGGGACCGUCCAACCAGACGUUAGCUGUAGGCGGCAUUGCAAUGUUACCGUGCCAAGCAUCGGGCAAUCCAUCACCAACCAUCCGAUGGAUGAAGGAUAACUUCAUGUUGCUAGGCAACCCAAGGAUUGCUCUUCUUGACUCAGGUACACUUCAGAUUUCUGAUUUGAGAGUGGCCGAUACUGGUAUGUAUACAUGCAUAGCAUCAAGUGACAGUGGUGAGACAUUAUGGAGUGCAUCUUUGCUGGUUAUAGAACCAACAGAGUCGACAACCUCGCAGUUGCACCGAACACCGGAACCGUCAUCAUUUCCUGGCCCUCCGUCCCGACCCGUUGCCAGUAAUAUAACCGGUACAUCCGUCAGACUGACCUGGAGACAAAACUCUAAUUCUGGAACUUCACAAGUUACCAGCAUAGUCCCAGCCGCAGCUCAAGAGACAGCUGAUCUGGAUGUAUUGAGUAAACUCAACGAAGCUGGAAUUACAAUUUCAAAAAUUGAAGCCAGUAGUGCUACAGAAGUUACAGUAUUUUUGCAUAUUGAAAAACACCACAAUAACAUUGAUGGAUUUCAUCUGAAAGUUACUGCUGUAAAGAGCCGCUCUGAGCAUAUUGAAACGGUAUCAAACAACCAUGAAUCAAGGGGGAGAAACAGCCUUAGACAGUUUUCGAUUGGUCAGCUGAGCCCAUUCACUCAUUAUAAAAUAACAGCUGCACCAUUUAAUUAUGGAUCUAAUGCAGUUAUAAACGGCAAUGAGUGUGCUCCCAAGGAAGUGACAACACUAAUGGCAUCUCCUAGUGCUCCCCCGAGGAGUGUGACUGCUAAAAGUAAUGGCAGUGAUGCUAUUCUUGUUGAGUGGCAGCCUCCUCCAAAAGACCAUCAGAAUGGAAUAAUUCGUGGAUAUAAGAUUUGGUGUCAGGGUAAUGAAACUCGUUUCAAUGUCAACAAAACAACCGAUAAUACCACGUUUUCGUAUUUAUUCAAUGAUCUUGUGCCUGGAAUGUUAUAUGUGGUAAAAGUCACAUCCUUCACAAAUGGUGGAGCUGGUAUCGCUAGUGAAACACAGCUGGUACAGCUUGAUCCUGUGUUAGUUGCUAACAUGGAGCCCCAAUCUCCCAGCUUAGCAAAGAAAAUUCGUGGAGUGGUAUCCCAGCCUUGGUUUAUUGGCACUAUAGGUGUCAUCAUAUGGAUGUCACUGCUUGUGUUUAGUAUUGUGCUGUACAGACGAAGAAAGAAGAAGCAGUCAAACUGUUUUGACAAUAUCAAGCUUGAAAUUGCUUCAUUGAAUCGUGAUGGCACCACCCCAUGGAUGGAACAGAGCUGGCAACAAAACUCUGGUGAGCACAGCUGCCAUGACUUGAUCCGGUUAUGUUGUCCCUUGUCGAAGAAAUCCAAAGGUCCAAAACAACCUGCACUGAAUUGGGCCGAUUUGUUGCCCCCUCCCCCUGAACACCCUCCUCCUACUGACAUUGACGAGACUCCUCCGGGAUCACCGCAGUACCACAUUUUAGGGUCACCAAUUCCGUCGCAGUAUAGCGUGAAAUCGUCACAGGGAUAUCAAACUGAUCCACAUGAUGAAAUUGCAUCCCUAGUGCCAUCUCAUCGAUCACACGGAUCAGUCGUUAACCGACAUCAUUUACAAGGGUCGAAUCACAGUACGCCAAACCCAACACCUCCAACACGCCGACACCCUGAUUGUCACAUGGGGACUGAAAUGCUAUUGCCUGGAUCAAUGAGGAACGAUCACGGAAUCUACCGAGAUAAUUCAUCUGAUAAAACAUCACGUAGUAAAAAAAACUCACGAAAUGGGCCGACUCACCAUAAUACGAACCGAAGCGGCUCAUCGCAUCGGGAUAUGAGAAAUGAUCCAGAGUGCCAUGAACUUUGCAAUUCAUUGCCGUUACAGAAUUGCGAGUCGGACAACGAGGACGGACCGCCAGAUGAGCAUUUGAUGCCCAUGCUGCCAGCACGGCUAGAAGACACCCCACAUGGCCCUGGACUCUGUAUAGAUUUACGGCCGUCUGAUCACAUGAUGUAUUCAGAAGUGUCUGAUGAGGAUACGUCGGCUAAAGAAGACGAUCCAGAAGAAAUUGAUGGAGACACAGAGAGUAAUUGUACAGGUUCAAUGAUGGCAUCGUGGGCAUCGCUGGAUGGAAGCAGUGGUACAAGUGUGAGAUGUAGCGCAGCGAGUGACACGUCAGAUGGUUCGUUCUUCAACGAUGCUGACUUCGCGAGCGCUGUGGCUGCAGCAGCUGAGAGUGCCGGCCUUAAAGUAGAAGGAACCAAAGUUAUCGAUCCGAGUCGUGGGGGUAACAGGAGGCUAACUCCUGCACAGAGGGCUGUACAAAGAUCAGGGAGCCCACUGACAGAUAGCGAUAGCAAUGCUGGUGGUAAUCACAAACAGAAAUAUCACAGAAAACAACCACAUGAUCUGCAAAGAAAUAUAAUGAAACCAAUCGUAGCAGCUAAAAAUGAACGAGUCAUGCCUCCUGUUAAACCAGUUAAACCGGAAAAGCCUGAUAAACCUGAAAAAUUGAGCGAGAGAAGGAGUAGUCACAAACGACCUCAGAAGGCGAGACAAGAAACAGGACAUUCCCAACAGCACCAGCAAGGGGUAAACCCUGCGGAUGAAGUAAUACCGUAUAAUAAGCCAAAUUUCCCCUCGCAGUCAUCGAGUGAUACAUCAUCACGUGGUUCAACUGGCAGACGGAAGUGUGAGAAACCGUACCACCCACCGGUGAUUAACGAAGGGAGCAACGAGGUUGGCUACUGCCUUCGCGAGACUAAUGACUCUGGAUUACAUGUCACUGCCAACCCAAUGGCGUUUGAACACGAUACUAGUAAUCAUUUCAAAGCAUGAGCUCACCAUCCCCAUGAUUAAAUGGAAUAUUCCUGUAACAGGACCAUGCCAUGAUCAUGUUCAUUUGUUAAACUGGCUCCAUGUGCAAUUGAGAGACAAGAUUUUGUAGACACCUGCCAUACCUGUGUUUGAAUGGAAUAUUCCAACACUGAAUAAGGAACGGACCAUACCAUGAUUGCCAGAGGGAUGACAUGACUAGAAAUGAUGGAUAUCCAAAUAAACUUUGUACAGUAUGUUGAUUGUAUUUUUGUACAGGCUAAAUUAAUACACUCAUAAAGUUGUAUGUGCUUUUAAUUGGUAUUACAGAAACAACACUUUUUUAAGCGAAGCAGGCAUUGGUGUAUUUUUAUGUGGAUAUUUGCCAAAAUUUGAAAAAUCACUUCAGUUUGAUAUUCAAACUUCAUAAGCAUAUGAUCAAAAAUUUAACCCACCCACUCACCCCUCUGUAGAAAAUGGUUUGACCCAACAAGGUAGACCAUAUAAUGCAGGCGGACUGUUUCAUUUACGUAAAGGGGGUUGAUGCUAAUAGACUGCUGAUAGGAAAUAAUAUUUUUUUGCUUUUUAUAUUUUAUCAGCUGACAGCAUCAUAGUGGAAAAACGUGCCAAUCUAGAUUGUCCCAGGAAAUGCAUUUCUCUGAUUGGAUCACAGGCAAUAUGUGUUAACCAAUCAGAGUAACUCUUGCAAUGAGUUAUAGCAUGAGGACAGGCGAAAUUGUUGCAGAAGCACAAACAGCCAUGUUUUUAUUUGUAAACCACUUCUCAGAACUAAACUCAAAAUUCAUAAUCGUCAGAACAAACAAUUCACAGUUGAAAUUUAUGUUUCUACUUUCACUGAAGAUGUGUCCCAUGCUUAUUACAGUAGGUCUAUUGGUACUUGUAUUUGAAAAGUCAUUUAAUAUUAAUUUGGCUUGUAGUGUAAAUAGACAUUGGUAUUUGAAAGUAUGUUGAUGCUUAUUACAUUUUUAAGUAAAAACAAUCUCUCACUCACUGUUGAGCCUUUGCUCCAAAUUUUUCCUGCCCAAUUAAUUAAUAAAUAUGCAUUUACAAAUGAGAAUUAAAUGGAUACUAUCGUCCAAUAUUAAUAAUACAAAAAUUGACUCCUUCCGAACAUCAAUGGCUUUUUGGAAAUCAGGUAGUUUACAAGUCCGUUAAUAUUAAAACAUGUAACCCAAUUUGUGAUGUUCAGUGAAAAUUAAAUCCAGUGAAACUAAAACAAUCCACAAUAUUUGAAAAAUGUUCUACUCAGCGUUUAGAUUAAUUCGUUUAGUUUGCCUUUGUACUUCGAUAAUAGAGAUU